GCAUGCUCAUCUGCAGAUGCACGACAACUUCUAGAGUCUUCGAAAAUGGCACUUGAUAAGGGUAAACUUGAAGACGCAGUCAACUAUGGAACAAAGGCCACAACUUAUCAGCAGAAGGCAUUGGACAUAAAUGAGAGGGAGCUUGGAUUGGAUCAUCCAGAUACAAUGAAGAGCUACGGCGACCUAGCUGUUUUUUACUACAGGCUUCAACAUACUGAAUUGGCUCUAAAGUAUGUGAAACGUGCGUUGUAUCUUUUGCAUCUUACUUGUGGACCAUCUCAUCCAAACACAGCUGCUACAUAUAUUAAUGUGGCUAUGAUGGAGGAAGGCCUGGGAAAUAUACAUGUGGCACUUAGAUAUCUUCAUAAAGCUUUGAAAUGCAAUCAGAAGUUGCUUGGUCCUGACCACAUUCAGACCGCAGCAAGUUACCAUGCGAUAGCUAUUGCACUAUCCUUGAUGGAAGCAUAUCCUUUGAGUGUUCAACAUGAGCAAACAACAUUACAAAUACUUAGAGCAAAGCUUGGUCCAGAUGACUUGCGUACUCAGGAUGCUGCUGCCUGGCUCGAGUACUUUGAGUCAAAGGCUAUUGAGCAGCAAGAAGCUGCUCGAAAUGGUACGCGGAAGCCUGAUGCAUCUAUUGCCAGCAAAGGCCACCUGAGAUGUGCCAACUGAAUUUUCUACUUCCACUAAAAUGAUGAAUAUCCUAUGCCUGAUCUCCUUGAUUUCAUUGAUUCCAACCAAGAUGGUAGAGGAAGAGAUGCUGAAUCCCUGAAGAGGAAGAAUCUGGGUUUAAUGGUAUGUUGAUAAGCCUUUAUCUUGUUUAAAUACUUCUGAGAAUCUAAUUGUGUAUUUAUGUUUGGUCAUGUUGGCUUACAUGUUUAAUAUAUCCGCUUGCUACCUGAAUGAUUUUUUAAGUGGUAGAUCGAAUAAAUGUCAAAGACAACAUUUAUAGA